UUUGUAAAGUAUUGAAGGGCAUCUUCCUACAUUUUAUAAUUGGACUAUGUUGAAUGCAUCUGUGAAUGGUCCUUAUUUCAAUAAUGAUUACACUAAUGGUGCAUUGAUGUAUAUGCUUCAAAAAUCACCAAAUCUUGAAUUUCUCAUCCUUACAAGGGGAUUCAACCUAGAAGACCAAGGCAUGAUAAUGGACACUAUACCUGGUUGUUUUCAGUCUAGCCUUAAGUCUGUUCGAAUCUUUAAUGCUGGUGGUGAUGAAGAAAAAUUAAGUUUCUUAAAAUAUUUUUACGAGAAUGCACCUGUUUUGGAGUGGUUAUAUGUCAGUUGCUCGCCGGAAUUAUCAGAAGAUUCAGAGAAACAAGAAGAGAUCAUCAACGAUUUGCAACAACUUCGUGGAGGUUCAGGCUGUUGUACAAUCGUGUUUGAUCCCUACGUUCCCUAAAAACUUGGCAUUGUGAAAGCCUUCACUAUCAAGGUCCGUGCUUAACUCAGAACUAGCAUAAAUUUCAGCUCUUUUGUCAAAUUGGAACUAGAAAAUAUACUUAAUUUUGUGUGUUAUGACCUCUAACAGGUAGCAUGUAUCCUUUUGAAGUUUUGAGUCUAAUGUGAAGGACCUUGAGGUCCCAUAUGAUGCCACUAAUGUAUAUAUUGAUCGUGGUAAUUAGUACUAAUAUCAGUUAAUAUCUCAAGCUCUCUGACAUGAUAAUUCGUAUUGAUGUCAGGGUAAAUUACACGUUUAUAUAUUCAAUUUUAGUGGAGUUUUUAUUUUGGUCAUCCAAGUAUGAAAAAUGAAGAUUUGAUUACUCAAGUUUAUAUUUGAUACAUGACAAAAAAAAAAAAAGU